AAUGUCACUCGACUUCAAAUCAUUUAGUUUGAUUUUUCUUCUUCGUCUCGGUUGCUGUUCUAACACCAUCAUCUUCCGUAGCAGGCAAUUUCACAAAUCCGGAACUGCAAAUUGUUGUCCCCAUGCUGAGGCACCCACCGCUUUGAAAGAUUUAGUCGAACAGAGCAACUCCUCGGACUUACAUUUAAGCGUGAUACUUAUUCUAUCGGCACCUUUUGUGAAACUGCUGAGUUACGAGGACGUAAAUAAACCAGCAGCGGUUGUCAAGCGGUGAUAGGUGGGGAACAAAAACAACUCAAAAACGUACACAGAGAUAUGAACACAUACAUGUAUGUGUGUGUGUGUAUGUAUACAUACAUACAUGCAUUCAUACAUACAUACAUACAUACAUAUAUAUAUAUAUAUGUUUCUUUAUUGCCCACUGGGAGCUGAACACAGAGGGGACAAACAAGGACAGACAAAGGGAUUAAGUCGAUUACAACGACCCCAGAGCGUAACUGGUACUUAUUUAAUCGAUCCUGGAAGGAUGAAAGGCAAAGUCGACCUCAGCGGAAUUUGAACACAGAACGUAACGGCAGGCGAAAUACCGCUAAGCAUUUCACCCGGCGUGCUAACGAUUCUGCCAGCUCGCCGCCAUUACCAGCUCGCCGCCAUUUAUAUAUAUAGACCAUAUAUACAUAGACCACCCACUCCACGUACCCCCAACCAACCAACCAAGAACUCAACCACAAACUAUCCAGAUUGAAACAGUCUAUCUCCAACAUCUUAAGGAAGGAAUCGAAAAUAACCCCAAACUUAACCAAGGCGCAACAUAAAACACUGACUAAACUAAAAAAACAAAAACCUUGUAUACUUACCAUCAGAUAAAGGAAAAGAAAUCUGCGUGAUUUCUUGUGAAAUAUGAUAGACUGACACAAGAACAUUUAAGCAAUGACAGACUAUAUUCUGAAGUGACAGAUAUAACUGCGACCAGGAUUGAGGACCGAAUUAACACCGCAUAGACGGACAUCUGUAGACAGAGACAAAUACAUAGUAAAUCCAAGAACAACUUCAUCACAAAGAACAGUAGAUUACCCAGAUUUUAUCACCUCAUUAAAGCACAAGAAUAGCAACACGAUCCAGAUUAGACCCAUCGUCUCCAGCGUGGAAGGACCUCUAUAUAAAAUAUCCUGGUUACUUUCUCACAUCCUGAAACCCAUACUCUCCACCUUUCCGGGACACGUCCAGAACUCCGACGAAGUCAUCAAAAGACUACACCAAUUACCCCUAGACCAACUCAGGCAAAACAGAUACGCCUUUAGUCUUGACGUUGUCUCAAUGUACACAACGGUGCCAGCACACUCAGCGGUCAACCUAUUGACUGACUGCAUAAUAGCGUCCAGCAUCCAAUGCUUCGGACUUAGCGCAGUUGAUAUACAUCAACGUUUGUCCAUCAUCGUGGACAACACCUUUCCAGGACCAUAUAUACAAACAGACAACAGGUCUCCCCAUGGGAUCCAGUCUCUCGGGCCUACUAGCCAUCACUUAUAUGAACCAUCUGGAACGUCGAGCACUCAACAUCUGCCGCUCAUGCGCCUUCUUCACCAGGUACGUAGAUGACAUCCUCAUACUCACAACCUUCCGUGAAGAGGCUGAGAGAAUAUUCACGACGGUCAGUAACACGGACAUGAACAUAAAGUUCACUAUAGAGCAUCUCGACAUCACUGGAUCACCAUCAUUACUUGACUUCAAACUGAAUAUAACGGAAGAAGGGAAGAUACACACCGAGUUCUACAGGAAAGCAGCCAGUAGAGAUAUGUUUGUCCAAUACAAUUCAGCGCUUCCACUCGGUGCCAAAAUAGUAUACGCCAGAAAUGAACUUGCACACAUCCAAGGCAAGUGCAGCAGAACGGGGGACAAGGUGGCUCACACUACACGCUUCCUAGAUAUAUUGAAAACCAACGGUUAUCCUAGAUCCAUUGUAAAUCGGCUUAAGUACCCAAGACGACCAACACGCCGAACACAAAGAAAACACAGCAACACAUGCUUCCUUAAAAUACCCCAAUUUAGCGAGAGGAUAACAACAGCCAUCCGAAGAGCCAUAAGAAAAGGGCUAGACAUACAACUAGCCCACUCCGGCCCUUCUCUGAGAGGACACCUCGCAAAGAAACGAACAAGGGACAACAAUCAAUGCACACUAACAAAUUGUCCCAUCCGUGACACAGAUUUAUGCCAACGGGUAAAUGUUGUGUUUAGAAUACAAUGUAACAAAUGCAACAAGUUCUAUGUGGGUAUCACAACAAGACCGUUACACGUCCGCAUCAAAAAACAUCUGAACACGAGAGCCUCCCACUUCAGAAAACAUCUAGACAGAUGCCGGAACACUGGCAAAAGCAUAACACUCACAAUUGAGGCCAAUGAAAGAAUUUUAGGUAGUUUAAUAAUUAAGGAAGCUAUACUCAUACACAGACUAGGACCCCAAUUAACAACGGGCUGGAGGUUGGUAAUCAAUAUAUUAUUUAGCUACAUCUGGAUGCGUGUAGGUUCAUUCUUAAUAACAUGCUCAUGUAUUGUUUAUAACAAAAAAAAAAGAGGAAAAAAAAAGAAGGAAAAAAAGGGAAGCUGCACGUAUAACACAUAACUUAGAAGCAGCGCUACAGAUGUACCAACACACACGAGAUUGAAACAUAGCCGACCUCACGCACUUCUCAUAAGGAAUUCCGGAAGUAACUUCGUGAGACCACUACUGAGACGCUUCCGAAAAAAGAAAAGCCGUUUGAAAACAGAUUAUUGUAGCGACUCCAUCUAAGAAUAUCUGAAAAAGGAAUUGUAUUCCGAAAUAUCAUCGGACUAUAGAUAACUAAAUCACAACAGGUAUAUAGUUCAUUUUUUGUAUUAUAGUGCGUUGUUGUACCAUUCAAAACUUUUUAUUCUUUACAAACAAUACACAAUGCUUCAAGCGAACUACAACUAUAUAUAUAUAUAUAUUAAAGUCUGUCAUACCGGCCAUGACGAAGGGAAAUAGCCCUGAAACUCGAGUUGCCUUUAUAUAUUUAUAUUUAUAUAUUUGAUCCUUUAUAUUGAACACUCAAUAUUUCAUCUACAUUCAAUACUUUCUUUCAUGGUGCCAUCCAUUUUUAUUUUAUUUUAUUU